AUGUUGGCGGCCUUGCUAAAAGAAAGUAGAGAGAAGGAAAAAAGGGAAGAAAUAUUUCGCAAAUCACUAAAGGAAGAUUUACAAGAGUCAUUAGAAAAGAAUUCACAAGAAAAUAAAGAAGAAGGAAGAAUACUAAGAGAAUCGUUAGAGAAGCGUUUACAAGAAACUAACGCAUCGUUAAAGAAGAAUUCGCAAGAAACGAGAGAAUCACUAAAGGAAGAUUUACAAGAGAUCAAAACAUCACAAAUGAAGAUGGAAGAUAAUUUGAAGAAGGAAAUACGGGAGUUACCAAAACGACUGAAGAUGAACGUCGACGAGAGAGAAAGUAAACUACAGACAAAUAUAGAACAGGUCCAGGGAGACGUGGAGAAGACAGAAGGAAAGGUAACAGAGAAGAUAGAAGAAGAUGCUGAAGAAGCUAGGACAGAAUUGGGAGAAAAGAUCACCGAAGUGAUGCAGAUGCAGAAACAAUGCAACGACGUGGUUGAGAAGAUAGAAGAAGAUGUUGAAGAAACCAGAAUCGAGAUGGAAGAAAGGAUCACCGAAGUGACGCAGAUGCAGAAACGAUGCAACGACGUGAUUGAGGGGAUGGGAGAAAAGCAACAACAAUUGACAAUAAAUCUGAGAAAUGCUGUAGCCAUGCAGCGAGAAGAUUACCAGAGGGGUACAAUCAAAGGUGAGGCCUUCACUUGUGGAAUCAAGAGGAAAAAAGGGAAUACUAAUAAUGAUCAGUUUGGAGGAGAGUUAUUGAAGAAACGCUGGCCCAAAAGUCGUCAGUGUACAACACUUGAGAACCCACUACGAUGCAGACCACUUAGUAAUGGGAAAGGAACGUCGGAAGAAAUUGCCAAGCAUUCAUGUAAAUUGAACGAGACUUUGGAACGACCACUGAGUGACAACGUAAUGGUAUCUGCAAUAAAAAGAAGAUUGAAUCAGAAAAGGCAAGGAACCGUAUCCAGGAGCCCAAUCAAAAAUAGGGAGGCCUUAAUGAAGAUACUGCACCAACUGGAGUCUAUUAGAUCACAGAAAUACAAGCAAGCUAAUGAUAGAAACAGAGAAGGGAGUAAUGACCCAAGGAUUCAUUUUAAUCAUUCAUCUGAUUACAGAGGAAGAGGAGGAGGAACCAAAAAACCGAAGGACACUCCAGGUGAGGUCCGACCAAGAGUGAGGGCUAUAAGGACCCCAAAUAAACCUGCUAAGACAUGGUUAGGACAAUUAGCUGUAAAAUGGACAAUUAAAUGA